AUGAAUCAGUGCAACAGCAAAACGAAUAGACGCUGGGUCGAAGCGCUCAGCUCCGUCUGGCGCCUUCUGCAGCAGCGGAAUACAGAUAAAGGCAGUGAAACAAAUGAACUGACCUCCAACAAUAACACUUCUCAUUUUUGUUUUUUUGUGUUGAAUGAACCCUCUGAUUUGCAGCUCAGGCCGCCAACAGUAAUUGGGCAAUUCCACACUCUUUUUUUUGGCUCAAUUCGAAUGUUUUUCCUUGGUGUUUUGGGCUUUGCUGUUUAUGGAAAUGAGGCCUUACAUUUCAGCUGUGACCCAGACAAGAGAGAGGUUAAUCUUUUCUGUUACAACCAGUUCAGGCCUAUAACUCCUCAGGUAUUCUGGGCAUUACAGCUGGUGAUUGUACUUGUACCUGGAGCCUUUUUUCACCUUUAUGCUGCUUGUAAGAGCAUCAAGCAGGAAGACAUUCUCCAAAAGUCAUCCUACACUGGCUUUUACAUCUUCUCUGUUUUCUUAAGRAUUGUUCUUGAAGUUGUGGCCUUUUGGCUUCAGAUUCAGCUCUUUGGUUUCAAAGUGAACGCAAUCUACAUGUGUGAUGUGGGAGCGCUUGAAAAAACGUUUAACAUUACCCGGUGCAUGGUGCCAGAGCACUUUGAAAAGACAAUUUUUCUUAUUGCAAUGUACACAUUUACUGUGAUUACAGUGAUCUUGUGUGUUGCUGAAAUUUUUGAGAUCUCAUGUAGAAGGCUAGGUUUCUUAAAAACUCAGUGAUGUCAACCACUCAURCUCAUUUACUGCCCUGUCCACCCGCAGUUUUGUAACAAUGGUUUCAAACCAUAACAAAAAACAUGUCCUGUCAUCUGGGCAGUGUUGCAAGAGAACCACACUCAUGAUUACUGUGGCAGAAUAGUCAUCUGACAUAAACUCCUAAUCUAAAAACUUGCACACUGARAGAAUAAUCUUUGUUUCCAUGUUAAGGCCAAAGGCAUUAAGAUUUCCAAGAGCAAUAUAUUUUCAAGACCUGCCACAUACAAUAGCUCUGCCUCCUGUGGUGAAGAGAAGGUUAUUUAUAAACAUACUUCUACUCACAGMUCUUCUGAACACAUGCCAUCGGAGCUAUAAAGGUCAUCGACCUUCCAGGAAAAACUAUUCGAAAUUUCUUACAUUUUCUUAUGACCUGAGAAUUGAGCAAUAAUGGUACCAGAAAGCAUUYGAGCCCCUUUCCAAGCAGUGCCACUGCUGCAACAUCCAUCUCACCCCCGGGGCAGAGACUCCUGGUUAGGCUGUGGUGGCAACACAUCCAUGGAUAUCAGCUUACUUUGCAGCGGCUCAGCUACAAUCACCUGCUCACUCAGAAUCUCCUUUYAAAAAGGCAAGAGUAGCAUGGUAUUCUUUGUGCUGACUGCAAUGCCUUACCCUCAUUAUGCUCAGGCUUACCAUGUAGAAGAUUUUUACCAACUUAGUAUGAUCACAUUUUGAAGGAGUAAAAGGGCUUUUUGACAAUUUUGCAUAAGAGGCUUAAAAGUGUCAAAAUAAAAUCUCAGAGAAAAGCCUUUCCUGGGCCCAAUCGUGMCUUGAUUUCAGUGAGGUUUGCUUGUGUGUGAUUGCAGAAUUGGGCCCACARAAUUCUCUGCUGUUUGUAUCUAACUUGUUGCUCUGACUAAAGUUGCUAGAAUAACAGUGAAAAAAGAAGUCUGCAUAUUAAAGUUAYACUAUGCAGUAACUAUAUUUGGUUAGGUUAGAUCUCAAACUUUAUAUAGGUAUCAGAUGUUUAUGUGUGCAGAAGUUUCUUCUUAAGGGCUAAUAAUUUAGAAGUGAUUUCCUUGUGAUGAAAUGAGAUAAUGGAAAUAAAACACAUUUCAAAAUCAGAAAGAAAACAUAGUUUCCUAUAUAAAAAUGUACUAAUAGCAAUAACAACAAWUAGCCAUUUUCCUUUUGUUUUUCAAACAUAAAAAGUUGAGAUCUUGAUAACAGCAUUUGGGACUUUUCAAGAAUAUUUGGAAAAAUCUGCAAAAAUUCUUGCCAAAUGUUUUAUCACCAACCGUCAGUUAAGCACUCCCAAACACCAUUGGGUUAUCAUAGCCAUGUAAUUCUCACUCACAAAAAUAAUCCUUAUUACAUGAAUGGAAUUAGAAGAUUUAGGUGUUUUGGAUUUGGUUGAAUCUGGGCUUUUAAAAACAAAAUGGGCUAUAAUUAGAUAUGUGAUUUUUUAAAUAUGCUGAUUGAGAACAAGAUGACAUAUUUCAAUAAUGUGGUACAUUAAAGCACUAAUAUUAUUUUUCCCCCCUGUGGAAAUAAGUUUUAUGUUGUCUUAAAUAACCGUCCAGUCAAAACCAUCAGAUUUAUGCAAUUUAAACUAGUUACUAGAYAUUUGCAAGCAUUGCAAGUGGAAUAAAAAUCACUGUGCUAACUUAUUGUUUGCAUAAUAUGCCAUGUGUUUKGGUUGAUACAUGUUUCAUUUUUCCCUGUAUAUGUCAAUAUUCAUCUGGAAUUAUUCUUUCCAAUUAAAAAUUGUAAUCUCAGGUAAAAAAUAUUUUUAUUUCU